GUCGGUGCCUAUUAACUAUAGACCUGUUAGUUUGACCAGCGUCAUGCUGAAAUGCUUAGAAAAGCUUAUAAGGAACAGGAUCUGUGAGCACUUGAUUGAGCACAAUCUAAUUCGAGCGGAACAGCAUGGCUUUCUCAAAAAAAGUCUUGUCUUACCAAUUUACUGUGCUUUUUAGACGAGAUUACCCGUUGUCUUGAUAGUGGGAUAUCGGUAGAGGUGUGCUAUUUGGAUUUCAGUAAAGCCUUUGACUCCGUGAAUCAUCGAUUUUUAGUUGAGAAGCUGACAUGGUUUGGAUUGCGUUCUCAACUAUUACUAUGGCUCUCUGAAUUCUUACGUGGAAGGACAUUCAGAGUCAGGGUUGGGGAAGCGAGUUCUGUUGUUGGCCAUGCCUACAGUGGUGUCCCCCAAGGUUCGGUUCCGGGUCCAUUGCUGUUUCUUAUGUUUAUACAUGACCUGGCUCCUCUUCUUGAGGAUCCCUGCUACAUCUUCGCGGAUGACUUGAAGCUAGUCAGUAGGGGAAACCGAUCGACCUUGGCUAAGGACAUCAUCACUGUGGCGAAUUGGUCAAGCCAAUGGGACCUACCUCUAAAUGCCAACAAAUGUCAACUAUUGACUAGUAGUGGUAGCGGAAUUGCAGUUCAGUCUUCUGUGGGAUCUCUAUCAUUGCGAUGUACUGACGAAGCUCGUGAUCUAGGUGUCAUCGUAGCGAACAAUUUUAAGCCUUCGGCACAGUGUCGCCAUGCUGCCAAUAAAGCACGACACGAGUUAUUUCGUCUUAGGAGGGCGCUGAGUAACACUAAAGCAGAAGUAUUCUUGCCCUUAUAUAAAGCAGUGGUCAGGCCACAUCUGGAGUAUUGUGUUCAGGCCUGGUCACCGUACCUCCGGAGUGACAUCAUACGUAUAGAAAAGAUUCAGCAACUUGCGACCAGGAUGAUUGAAGGUCAACGAGGGAAGUCUUACGAAGAUCGUCUAAGUAGCUUAGGAUUAUUUUCCUUGGAGCGGCGUAGGUUGAGAGGGGAUUUGAUAGAGACGUUUAAGAUCAUUAAGGGACUUAGUGGUAUUAGUUCCACCCAUCUGUUUGAGUUGGCUACGUCAGACCAUCUGCGCGGGCAUCGCCUGAAGCUCAAACAUCACAGAGCUCGUUUGGACAUCAGGGCAAAGUUUUUACGAACCGAGUAGUUAACUACUGGAAUAAACUUCCUUCUGAUUUAAUGGAGUCUGAGACCGUAGCAGCCUUCAAUAGGGGCUUAGACAAUUGUUGGUCCACCCUUUUUCCAGAGCUAUUGUAGUUGUACUGGUAUAUGUAGUGUAUCUUGAUGCUGUCAUAUGAAAGUGCAGAGACUGCUCUUGUUCUUGAAUCAUUCCAUUGCAGAAGCAAGAAACAAUCCAACGUCGAAUUGCUGGG